AUGGAUGAACAUAAAAAUAUUUUAGAAAAUUUUGAAAAGAAUGAUAUAUGUAAGGAAGAAAAGAAAGAAGACUCAAAUGCAUCAUUAGGAUGCCCGAAAAAAGAAAAAGAGGAAAACAGUUUAGUAGAUGAUAAAAUAAAUAAUGAAAAAAGUAAUCUUAAUAAUAUAAUAAAAACAAUAGAUGUAAAAAAUGACAAGGAAUUAAAUGAGAUUACACUCCAAAGAAUUAAUCACAAUAUUGUGACAACCAAAAAGGAUGAUUUAAUAAAUGAAGAGAAAAAAAAUGUAGGUGAAAAUAUAAAUCAUAAUGAUAAUAAAAAUAAACCUAUAGAUGAUAAUAAUAAUAAUAGUAAUACUUUGAAUGAACAUAACAAAAAAAAUGGAGAUAUUAAAAGCAACAAAUUUAAUAAUGUUUUUAUAAAUCCUUGUAAUGUUUAUCCUUAUAUAAAUGCUGUAAAUAGAACAAAUAGAAUUUAUAAAUAUGUAGAAAAAAUGAUACGACAAAAAAAACAUUUUAUGAUUAAAUAUAAAAAUUAUUAUAUUCAUUAUAUAGAAAAAGUUAUGGAUUUAAAAGAAAUAAAAAAAAAAUAUGAACAGAAUUAUCAGUUCAGAAAGACAUAUAUUUGUACUGAUGAAUUAUUAAAAAUUAAAAAGGAUAUAAUAUUAUUUGUUAAGAAAAAUAUAGAAUUAAAUUAUAGAAAUACAAAUUUGCUUGAAAAUAAUAAAAUGAUUGAACCAAACAACAAUCCAAAUUGUAAGGAUAAAGAAAAUGUAAAUUCUGUAGAUAUAACAAAUAUAAAUAAGAACGAUGAUAAUAAUUAUUUAGAUAUGGAUGAUAUAAAUAUGAAAGAAAUGAAUUCCAAUUUAGGUUUCAAUUAUAUAUAUUAUUAUAUGAAUAGUAAUGAUAUUUUUAGUAAAAAUGUGUAUAAAAUAUAUAUAAUGCAAAGUGAAGAAAAUUAUAAACAUUAUAUGAAUAAUGAUAUGGAUGAACAGACGUGUAUAAAUAAUAUUUGUAUUAAUAAUAUGGACCCUAAAAAUAAUUAUAAUAAUAUGAAUAAUAUAAAUAUGUAUAAACCAAAUAAUAUAUAUAAUAAUGAUAAUAUGUAUAAACCAAAUAAUAUAUAUAAUAAUUCUAAUUUAUUUUCUUCUGUUUUUGAUGAGACUACUAAGAUAAUAUCAAAGUAUUCCAUCAUAAAAGGAAAUAAAAAAAUUACAUAUGGUUCUUUUAAACAUGUAAGAAUAAUAAAUAUGAAAUGUAAUAAUACAUCGCAUAUUACAUGUAAGAAUUACAUGAGGAAGGGUAAAAAUUAUUAUGAAAGAAAAAAGAUGAAAAAUAUGAAUUUAAAAUAUAAUAUACUUAAAAUAAAUCGGUAUAUUCUUUUUUGUAACAAUAUUUAUAAAAAUGCAAAAAUAAAAUAUAUACUUCAAAAUGUGGUUGAUGAAAUAUUAUCAAAUAGUUAUUAUAUAGUGGAUCAUAACAGAAUAAAUGAAUUUAUAAGAACAGAUCAAAAUAACAGUAACAACAACAACAAUAAUAAUAGUGAUAUUAAUAAUAAUAAUAUUAAAGAGAAUGAUAAUCAUAAUAGUAAUAUUCAAAACAUCAAAAAGAAUAAAAAAAAUAUAUUUUUUAUAAACAAAACAUAUAAACGUUUUAUAGAUAAUUAUAAAAAUAUAUCUUUUAAGUUUAAAAAUUUAAUGAAAAAACAUUUUGAUGCUAAAUAUGAUUAUAUAUUUAAGAAAUUAUCUUAUUAUAUUACAUUAAAAAAAGAGAUAGAUUUAUAUAAAAUGGAUAUGUAUGAUAUGAAUAUUCUAGAGAUAUUAAAUAAGAAUCUAGAUAUACAUAAGAAAGAAAAUAAACUAAUUCAAAAUCUAAAUUCUACAAUUAAUCAUGAAGAAAUAGAAAAAAUAAAAAGACAACUUUUUCUUUUAGAAUAUUCAAAAAUUCAAAGUAGAGUAGAUAAAUCAUUAUAUGAAUUGGACAAAAAUAAAUAUAUAUUUUUAAAUAAACAAAAAGAAAAUACAACAACAAAAACAAAAACAAAAACAACAUCAAUUCAAAAUGAUAAUAUUUCAAAAUUGGAAAUAUUAAUAAAUGAGUCAAUAAAAAUUGAAGAACACAUAGAUGUAGAAAAAAAUAUAAACACAAAAAAAUGCACUCAUUUUGAAAUAGACAAUUCAAAGUUUACAUAUUCAAAAAUUGAACUCAUGAGGAAUCAUCUAGAAAUAAUGAAAUGUAGAAUAAGUAUCGAACAAAUAGAAAUUGAAAUGGAGAAAAAAAAAAUUAAGCAAAAAGUUAUAUUAAUGGAUCAACAGAAAGAAAUAAGGAAACAGGAAAUUAUAUUUAUUGAGGAGGAAAAAAAUAAAAUUAAAGAGGAAAAAAUAUCUAUUGAGGAGGAAAAAAAUAAAAUUAAAGAGGAACAAUUAUCUAUUGAGGAGGAGAAAAAUAAAAUUAAAGAGGAACAAUUAUCUAUUGAGGAGGAGAAAAAUAAAAUUAAAGAGGAAAAAAUAUCUAUUGAGGAGGAGAAAAAUAAAAUGAAAGAACAAAAUAUAUCUUUGGAGGAUGAAAAAAAAAAAAUUAAAGAGGAACAAUUAUCUAUUGAGGAGGAGAAAAAAAUUUUCUUACAUAACAAAGAAACUCUGACUUAUGAAAUAAAAAAAAGCAUAUUAAUUGAUAACUUAUCUGUAGAAGAUAAGGAAAAGUUUCUAAACAUUAAGAAUGAAGAAAUAAAAUUAGACAAAGAAAAAAUGAAUAUUAAAGAAGAAAGAGAAAAAAUAGAGAAGGAUAAAAUAGAUAUGCAAAAUGAAAAAGAAUCCUUUUUUAAAGAGAAAAAAGGAUAUGAACUAAAAAAAGAACAAUUAGAGUUAGAUAUGAUAAUUGUAGAUAUACAAAAGAAGAUGAUAAAAGAAAAUUUUGAAAAAAUUGAAAAUGAAAAAAGAGAUUUUAGAAUCGACAUAUUAAAACCUAUAGAAAGAUUAAAUAGAGGUAUAAAUUAUUUAUAUUAUAAAAAGGCACUAAAAAUAUAUAAUAAAUAUGGAAAAAAAGAAAAUAUGAAAUAUAAUAAAUAUAGAAACAAACAUAAGCAUACAGAGGAAAGUAGCAAUUCCAAUAUGUAUGAUGGUUUAUUUUCAAAAUGUCAUUUCAAUGUAGAUAAAUCUAAUAAAGAAGACCAUUCGAAACAGGUGAUAACUAAUAAAUUUGAAAGAGAAAAUAUGGAAAAACAAAGAAAAGAUAUGGAAGAGUUAAGUCAAAAAAUUAACAAAGACAUAAUUAAAUUAAUGGAUGAUAAGGCAGAUGUUAAAUUGAAUCAAGAAGAAAAUGAAAGGGAUAAAAAAUUAAUUAAGACACUUAGAGAAGACGUAAACAAAGAUAGAAUCAAAUUAAAAAGUGAUAUAUUGCAGAUAGGAAAAGAAAAAGAAAAAAAUGAUAUACAAAAAAAUAGAAUAGAUAUGGAAAAGAAAAAUAUAGAAGAAGAAAAAAAUAAAAUAGAAGAAGAAAAAAAUAAAAUAGAAGAAGAAAAAAAUAAAAUAGAAGAAGAAAAAAAGAAAAUAGAAGAAGAAAAAAAUAAAAUUGAUGUAGAAAAAAAUAAAAUAGAAGCAGAAAAAAAUAAAAUAGAUGUAGAAAAAAAUAAAAUAGAAGAAGAAAAAAAUAAAAUAGAAGCAGAAAAAAAUAAAAUUGAUGUAGAAAAAAAUAAAGUAGAUGUAGAAAAAAAUAAAGUAGAUGUAGAAAAAAAUAAAGUAGACGUAGAAAAAAAUAAAGUAGGUGUAGAAAAAAAUAAAAUAGAUAUGGAAAAAAAAAAUAUAGAAGCAGAAAAAAUUAUAAUUUAUGUGGAAAGGAAAAAAAUCGAAGAAGAAAAAAAUUUAAUUUAUGUUCAAAAGAAAACUAUUGCUACACAUAAAAAGAAUGUAGAAAAUCAAAUAUAUAAGUUCCGAAGAUAUGAAACAUAUAUAGGUUAUUUAAGAGUGCGAACACAUAAUGAUAAAAAAGAAUUAGAUAUAAAAAUAAAAGCAUUUGAAAAGAAAAUUCAACAGUUCGAAUUUGAAAAGAAAUUAUUAUGUAUAAGUAAAAAAAAUCUAGAUAAUGUUAAAAGUACUUUUUCUGAUAACACUAAAAAAUUUUUUGAACAAAAAUCUUUAUUUGAGAUUGAACAAAUAAAAGUCGAAAAAGAAAAAAAUAAUUUAAUAAAUGAAAAAAAACAAAUAUGUAUGGAUAAAGCUAAAUUAGAAAUCCAAAAAAAAGAAUUGUCAUUAGAAAAAUCGAAUUUUGAAAAAAAAAAAAAUAAAAUAAUAAAUGAAAAGUUAACUUUAAAAAAUGAUAAAGUAAUAUUAUCUCAAGAAAUAAUAAAAUUAGAAAAUAGGAUGAAUAAAAUUGCCCAUGAUAAGUAUGAAGGUACUAUAUUUAAUGAGCACCAGAAAAGUGAUGACAUGAAAAAGGAAAAAAUCAAAAUGGAUGGUUUAAAAGAUGCAAAUAUAAAAAAUAAACAUAUAAAAAAUAAACAUAUAAAAAAUAAACAUAUAAAAAUUGAAAAUAUAAAAAAUGAAGAUAUAAAAAAUGAAAAUAUUAAAAAUGAAGAUAUAAAAAAUGAAAAUAUAAAAAAUAAAGAUAUAAAAAAUGAAAAUAUUAAAAAUGAUGAUAUAAAAAAUGAAGAUAUAAAAAAUGAUAAGGUAAAAAGCCAAAGUGAUAAUAUAAACAUAUGUUCAAAUAAAAAUUCCAAAGAAUAUAAUAUCUCAAAGGAUAAGAAUUCAAAUUAUGAUUAUGAAGAGAGAAAAAAAAUAAAUAUAAUAAAUCAAAGUAAUGACGAUACAAAUAAUAGUACAGUUAUGCACAUGCACGAUAACUGUACUUUUUUUAAAAAUAAAAAAAAAGAAGUACAAGAAGAAAAAAAAAAUAUUUCAAAAGGAGAAAAUAUAAAUGAAAUUAUAAAUAUAAAUAAAAAUAUAAAUGAAAAUAUAAAUGAAAUUAUAAAUAUAAAUGAAAAUAUAAAUAUAAAUGAAAGUAUAAAUAUAAAUAAAAAUAUAAAUAACAAUAUAAAUAACAAUAUAAAUACAAAUAUUAAUAUAAAUACAAAUAACAAUAUUAAUGCAAUUAGAAACUUAAAUAUCAAUAUUAUCGCUGACCAUCUUACAUGCCCCAAUAAAAAAUUGAAUGAUGAAAAAAGGAGUACACUAAAAAAUAAAGGGGAUGAAGAUUAUGAAGCAUCAAAGGAAAGAAUAGAAAAAGAAGGAAAUUAUGAUAAUAAAAUAGAAAGAAAUAAUGAUAUAGAAGAAAUAAGAAAAAGUAUAAAUGAAGAAGAAAUUGAUAUUAUAAGAGAAAAAAAUUACAGUGAUUAUGAAGAUAUAACUAAUUUUGAUAAUAUGGAUGAUUCAGAUGAUAAUAUAAUUUAUAAUGAUAUUGAUUUGCAUACCAUUAUAAGGACAGAUAUAAAUGUACGCUCGAAUAUAAAAGAUACGAAGAAUAUAUUUUUUCCUAUGGAUAUUAAAAAAAUAUAUGGAAGCUUAUAUAAAGUAAAAAGAAAAAAAAAAAAAAAAUACUUCAAAGUAGGACAUAAUAUAAAUAAUAAAUAUAAAAAUAAUAAAAUUCUUUUUAAUAGCAAUUUACAUAAUCUUAUUAUUUUAUUUUAUGAAUUUUAUUUUUAUAAUCAAAUGGAUAAUUUUAAAGUAGAUAUAAAUUUUUAUCAAGUGCAUAAUAGUUUAAUUUGCGUUGUAGAUGAACUUUUUAAUUUGCAUAAUUUACAAAAAGAAAAAAAUUUAUCAAAGCAAGAAAAUAUAAAUAUUUGCGACAAUAAAGAUAUUAUUAAAGAGGAAAAAAUUAAGGAAGCGGAAAAAAUGAAGAAAACGGAAAAAAUGAAAAAAAAGGAAAAAAUGAAAAAAACGGAAAAAAUAAAGGAAGCAGAAAAAAUAAAAGAAGAAGAAAAAAUGAAGGAUGCAGAAAAAAUAAAGGAGGCAGAAAAAAUGAAGGGGGCAGAAAAAAUGAAGGGGGCAGAAAAAAUGAAGGGGGCAGAAAAAAUAAAGGAAGAAGAAAAAAAUAAGGAAGCAGAAAAAAUAAAGGAAGCAGAAAAAAAUAAGGAAGCAGAAAAAAUGAAGAAAGAAGAAAAAAAUAAGGAAGCAGAAAAAAUAAAGGAAGAAGAAAAAAUAAAGGAGGCAGAAAAAACAAAUGAGGCAGAAAAAAUAAACGAAAUAGAAAAAACAAAUGAGCAGGAGAAAGAUAAUGAAGAAACGAAGAAGAGAGAACAAGAGGAUGAACCAUUUGUUUUGGACUAUAAAUAUUUGAACGGAGAUAAAAAUUUAUUAUAUUUAAGUUUUAAUAAUAUGAUAAUGAAAUAUAGAUCUGUUGAAAUAAAUUUACAUUUUUAUAAUGAAAAAGGUGAAUGCAUGACUCCAGAAAUGAUUUCAUCCUUAACUACUGAAUCGGAUAUUACUAACAUGUUAAAUGACUAUACACAGAUUUAUCAAAUUAGUAAUGUGAAUACAGUUGAAAAAAAUCAGAUUAAUGACAAUAAGAAAAAUGUAGAAACGGAUGAUAAAGAUGCUCCUACUACAAAUGAGAAAAGAAACAAUGAGCUCUCGCUGAAUGAAAAUAAUAAAGACAUUAAUAGUAGCACAAAUAAUAAAGACAUUAAUAGUAGCACAAAUAAUAAAGACAUUAAUAGUAGCACAAAUAAUAAAGACAUUAAUAGUAGCACAAAUAAUAAAGACAUUAUUAGUAGCACAAAUAAUAAUGACAUUAAUAAUAAUAAAAAGAAAAAGAAAAAGAAAAGCCCAUCUCCAAAUAAAAAAGGUUCUCCUAAUCAAUUAAAAGAAAAUGAUAAUGAGAAAACAUCUCCUGAAAAAAAAGAUAUGGAUUAUAUUAAAGAAGAUAGAAAAUAUUGUUAUAAGAUAUUGUAUGAAGAACAACCAUACAAAGCCUUGCUUAUAAAAAGUAAUUUGUGCAUCAAUUCUAUGGAAGAAUUAGAAAAUGAUCAAAAAAAGAAGCAAGAUAAAAUAUCAGAUAAUUUAGAAGAAUUAAAAGAAGAAAAACAAAAAAAAACUAUAGAACAUAUAGAUGAAGUAGAGAAAUAUCAAAAUGGAGAAUAUCUAAAAGAUUCAGCAGAUAUGAUAAAAAAUAAUUCUUCUAAUGAGAUCGAAAUGAAUAAUAUUGCUCAAUCAAUUAAUAAUAAUAAUAAUAAUAAUAAAAAUAAUAAAAAUUAUAACAAUAAUAAUAAUAAUAAUAGUUAUAAUUAUUAUAAUUAUAAUAAAUUUAACAAAUCAAUUAACAAAAAGGAAUUUGGAAAAAAAAGAAAUGAUAUUAAAAAAGGAGAUAAAAUAGAAGAAAGAAAAGAUAUAAAAAGAGAAGUAAUAAUAAGAACACCAUAUAAUGAAAAUACAAUAUAUGAUUUAUUUGAACAACAAAAACCAUUAAAUAUUCCAAAAGAAAUAUUGAAUAUAACUUCUUUAUUACCAUCUCCUUUUUUAACUACUUAUAAUAUAAAACCUAUAGGUCAAGUUAAAUUUAAUUAUGGAUACAAUAACACAAAACAAGGAUUAUAUAAUUAUUGUUAUUCAUAUUUAUUAAGAAUACAUGAAGGUUUUGAUGUUUUCCCUGUUGAAGGUUUUAAAUUUAGAUCUAUUAUUAUCGACGGAGCAAAUGUUUGUGCCAAAAUUAUUAACGAAAAAAGUUAUAAUUUUUUUGAUAAAAAUUUAACAACCGUAUAUGACUGUUCUUUAUUAAAUGAAGUCUAUUUAUAUUUUAAGAAAAAAAAUGUACAAGACAUUGUUAUAGUUCUUAAUUCUGUUACAAAAAAAGGAAAUGAAUAUUUUCUCAGAAAUAAAAAACUAUUUAAUUAUUCAUGUCUCGAAAAUUUAAUUAAAAUGAAUGUUAUACUUAUUAGUAAUGAAAAAUAUUAUCAAUGCGAAAAACGGGGGGUUGUCAAGGAGCGUACGUAUGACGAUGUAGUGAUAUUACAGCUAGCUGCCCAUAAAAACGGAUGUGUUAUAUCCAAUGAUAAUUAUAAUGACCUCAAACACGAUGAAUAUUACAAGGAUAUAAAACAUGUUAUUUCUUAUUAUGUCGUGAAACAUGGUUACGAUAAAAAUAAAGGAUUCCAUUUAGACGUCACUAAAAGACCUUUAAAAUAUGUAUUAAAUGCUUUAUUUCAAAAGGUUUAA